AUGCUUCAAUCGGGUAUUCAAUAUCAUGAAGCUGGCCAAUUGGAAAAAGCAACAGAUUACUUUCGUCAAGCAGCUAGCAGGGAUUCUCCUAUGGGCAUGUUUCUUUAUGGUGUAUCCUUACGGCAUGGAUGGGGUUGCAAAAAGAGUGAACAUCUGGCAUUUCAAUAUCUUCAAAAGGCAGCUGAACACGCAGUAUUGGAUUUAAAUAGUUUAUCAAGUACCGUCAAUACCUCAGCUAGCAAAGGGGAACUAAUUAUGGCUAUUUAUGAAAUGGGUGUUUCUUUUCGACAUGGUUGGGGGUGCAAAAAGAACAAGGAAACAGCUGUACACUUUUUCAAAAUUGCGGCUGAUUUAGGGGAUCCAGAUGCACAAAAUGAUUUAGGACAUUGUUAUCAUCAUGGUAAUGGAGUUAAGAAGGAUUUACAUUUGGCAGCAAAGUAUUAUCGAAAAGCGGAUAAGCAAGGACAUGGUCUUAUGGGUAACUCUUGGAUUUGGAAGUCAAAAUAUGAUUAG